AUACAAUUAUGUCCAAGAUAGGAAUUUGAGCAAAAUGUCAUCGGAAUUAUAAUCAAGACGAAGGCACUACAGCUGAGUGGACAAAGGCUGUCAGUGAUAUUUGUGCUUUCGGCGCGGGCGCUCGUUUCCGCCAUGUUGCUCGCCCUCCUUGCGAUCGCGUGCGUGUGCGCCGCGGCCGACAACUACACCAACCUCAAACCUAAUACCACGAUCGACCAAACACUUCUCAACAGACUCUCCACACUCUUCGAUACCAACCGGACUUUAGACAGACACGACCUCGCUCUUCUUAAUAGAACUGCGCAAACGUUAGGAAUAGAAAAGGAAGUAGUUGAACAAAUAAGUGAAUUGAUUAAAAACAAUGGCACGGUCGAGUCGAGGAUUUUGAGCAGACUGUCAGAAGAAGCUAAGGGCAAUCACAACCCCUAUAAGGAAGAAACAGGAAAGGAUAAGUUAGUGCCGAUCGACGAGUCUCCUGAUUAUGCUUCGUCGGUGGUGUUGGCCAGUGACCUGCUGUCUCUGACGAGCGCUGUGGCGAGCGUACAGGAGACGGUCUGCAGAGAGCAGGGUUACCGGUUUCUGGAUGGUCUGCUCUUGAACAAAAGAUGGGCUUUGCGAAUGUUCGACGCGUCGGCAAAAUCUCCUCAAGGCCUGCUGUUCGGCUCGUCCUACCACCUCGGAAACUUCGACGAGUGCGUCGCCAUCGACGACUCCACGGAUGGCGGGAUCACCGUCGAGGGGCAAUACUGUUUGGCGACCAUCAAGUGGCCGAAGAAGCACAAAGCGAAAAAGGUUCGAACCGGCCGUGGAGAGACCCUCCGCUGGGCGGUGUGCGUGCCCAGCGCUUGCAGUGCCAAUGCCAUUAAUAGCUUCGUGUCCAGCGUCCUCUCUCAUACGGUCGGAAAUAGGACCAGUGUUCAAGUCACCGAGAGAGACUGCUACUCUCGAAGACCGUUGACCGUCACAUCUUUGGACAUCGCCUUUUUGGCAGUUAUCCUAUUCUUCGCAGCCAUCUUGCUCUUCAGCACAAUCUACGAGUUCUACAAGAUCAAAUGGGGUGUGAACAAGACUUCGGUAGUCCAUGAUUUGGUUGUAUCCUUCUCCGUCAUCCAUAAUGUGAAGAAACUGAUAUCGUGCAAGCAGAAUCACACGCUGGGCUUGGAGUGCGUGACGGGCAUCAAGACUUUGGCCAUGGUGUUCAUCAUAGCUGGGCAUGCGUGUUUGUUUAUUGCCAGUGGACCUGUGAUGGAUGCUGAGGCGUGGGACCGGUUGGUGCGUCACCCAGCGGACGCGUUCAUGUUAAACAAUUCCCUGUUGGUGGAUACUUUCCUGUUCCUGAGCGCGUUCCUAUUCUGCCGGCUCCUACUGAUCGAGCUGGACAAGAGGGAUGGCAGGCUCAACGUCAUACCGAUAUUGAUCUUCCGGUACAUUAGAGUAACUCCCGCGUACAUCGUGGUGAUUCUGUUCUACAUGACGUGGCUGCCAAAGAUCGGAGAGGGGCCUCUGUGGGAAGACAGGAUGCAGCUGGAGCAGGAGCGAUGUAUGACGUCCUGGUGGGCGAACAUUCUGUAUAUCAAUAACUAUGUCAACACUGAUCAUCUGUGCAUGUUCCAAUCGUGGUACCUAUCCGUGGACACUCAGCUAUUCUUCGUGGCACCUAUCUUCAUCUUCAGUCUGUGGCGCUGGCGCCGCGUCGGACCUAUCGUCCUCUCCAUCUGCAUUUUCGUUUCCGUUAUCAUUCCUGCUGUUAUCACGUAUAAGGACAAUCUGGAUCCCACCUUGUUGUUCUAUGCCAAAGAAUUUACUGACAUCGUAUCUAACUUCUACUUCAAGACGCAAUAUGUCAAGACCCACAUGAAACUGACUACGUACUUCAUGGGUUUGCUUACUGGUUACAUAUUGCACAGGAUACAGAAAAAAGAUUACAAAUUCUCUCGUAUCUUCAAAGUGUUCGCAUGGACAACAAGCAUAAUCCUCGGGACGGUGACCACGUUCACCGUGUCAGUAUUCUACCAGGAUUGGUACGAAUACAACAAUAUCGAAGCUGCCGCGUACAUCUCCUUGCAUAAGGUCGCGUGGGGCAUCGCCAACGGGUGGCUGGUCACUGCUUGUGCUACUGGCAAUGGAGGUUAUCUCGGCAAAUUGCUGUCAUGGAAGUUCCUCGUACCGCUCUCUCGGCUUACUUUCUGUGCUUACCUCGUCAAUGGAGUCGUCGAGUUGUACUAUGUAGGGCAGCUGAGGCAUCCACUACAUAUAACAUUCUUCACUGUGGUAGCUAAUGCCAUAUCCCACAUAAUACUGACGUUCUUUUUGGCUACGCUUCUUUGCCUGAGCUUCGAGUCACCCAUUCAUGGAAUCGAGAAAAUUCUUCUCAGAAUGUUUGCUCGGCCAGUUUUAAGUGACAACGCUAUGAGAAACCAACAGGACCAGAUAUCGAGAAACACUAGUCAAAGCAAAUUAGAAACGUAGCAGUAGUUAAUGUAUAAAUUAAUUAAAUUAAUAAUCGAAUGACGAACGGAGUGUUGCGCCAGAGAAAAAGCCGCAAGCAAAGUGUCAGAGCAUUGUAAGCUACAAGCAUCAUGAAGAUACUACUUUGGUUACUCGUAUAUGAGAGUUUAACAACGCCAAUCGCGUUAACGCGGCGGGGCACAGCACGCCAAUGAUGUCAAAGACAAAUGUUACUUUGAAAGAGACCUAAUAGAAAUGAGUUUUGCCGAUCGAUUUGUAAAAAAAUAUAAGUAAGUAAUUAAAUUAGGUUGCCUCAUGUCGCGGCGGUUUUGACGUCUGGAAGAGACGUUAUGUAGUUACGUAAACAACUUAAGUAACGCCCUUCUUGCAAAUUUACAUAAUAAACAUAAUAUAGAAUUAAAACUCUAAAAAUGAACAUUAAAUUAUACUUGGACAGCAUUAAUUAAAUUUCUUAACUAAGUAUCUCAUGAAUAAGAAACUUUACAUUAUAAUACUAAUUUAAAAUAUGGAAGGGCUUUAGCUAAGCUUUUUACUUACGAAUCAAGUAUGUAAGUGAUAAUUUAUAUUUUUAUACGGUGAUUGGAUGCUAACCAAUCCAAAACUCAUUUUAUAUAAAUUAUUAGUCGUAAAAUUUGUUACCUUCGCUGUAUAAAUUAAAAAGGUAUUAUUAGCUAAUAUUUUAUAGUCUGAACGUGAGCCCCGAGAAAGUUUAAGGGCCGCUCUGCUUGUGCCCCCCACAUGCGUGCUGUUGUUGCACGGCGCGGGGCACCAACCCAACUAUCUAUAGUCCGAUUUUUUUUUUGCAUUAGAUAGAAGGUAAGCGAUUUAACUUGUCUUUUUAUUGAAAAACACUUUUGAAAAAUAAGUCAUGGCAAAUUUGUAACAAUUAUAAAUCAUAUACGACCAUUUACACUAUUUUACUCUCGUAAGUAAAACCCAGUUACUUCCUGAUUUUUAAAAAACCGUUUUUCAAUAAAAAUACAUGUCAAGAUUGUUUGCCUUUUUCUAACGCUAAGAAAGACUAUGCCGCUUAUCGAAAAUGCUCGAGUUUCGUGUGCGGACUGUAAACUAGAUUUAGGCUUUGGUUUCAUUUGAUAGUAUUAAAUAUUGGAUUCAAAGUAUGUAACAAGUAAAAUGCUGUAAGCGAGAGUAUUUAUACAAAAUGGAACACGUAAAUAAGAUAAUAAGUAAGAAUCGAGGUGUAGGCUUAAACACGGAAUGGUACUUUUAGACGGCUUUAUAGUAGACUAGUAUUCGUAUGUACCUAAGUACCUGUGACUCUAUUGUGUUCUACGAACAUUCUCAUGUUUUAAUUUAUUUAAAUCUUGGUAUAUAAAUAUUGUUUGUUUUGCACCUGUUGGCAAACCUAAAUCAAUAAUUAAAUAUCGGCCAAGAACAUGUUGGGCCAUGCUCAGUAUAGGGUUCCGUAGUUACCUAUCCGCCGCAAUAAGCUCAACUGGAGCUAUUAGUAUAGUAGAUUGCUAAUCAAGGGAUGAAAUGGUACCUUUCACCCGAGUAAAACAAAUGGGCAAAUUUGCAUAAUCAGUACCUAAUUAAAGUAAUAGACGUAUGGCCAUGAUUUGUUCCUUUGGACCUGCUUUCGACUUACUUGCAAUCGGAGACUUUGCAUGUCUAAAGAUAAAUAUCCCAUAAAAAAAAUGUAGACGAAAAAACACACAUUUUAGUAAACUGCGGUAAGUUUAAAAUGAUUUUUAUCAUUAAAGCAUGAAAAAGUAAAGUAUAGCAAUAAGUCCUAAACAUAAUGCAUUGUACAUGAGUGCAAUAAACGAAUAUGAAUAUGAAUAUUAAAUUAGCGGGAUUGCUUCUUACUUUUUAUUGGAGUGGUCAACUUCACGGGCCUCUAAAACUACCAAUAGUCAACGGCAUUACUCAUACAGUCAAUGAAACUGUUUUAGAGAAAUUAAAUAUUAAAUAAAAAUAGAAUGAGUAAAAUAAGAAAUUUUUAUCUUAAAUUUUAGUUUAAUUACAUGAAUAAUGCCAAAUAACUUUAACAACCCAUUUAAUCUUGUAAUAACGUUUAACUGUGGAUGUUACGUCUUUUUACUAUGUCGGGGAGACUUUUUGUGAUAUCUCAAAAACAGCUAAACUGAUAAUAUCCGCUAUAGGUUUCAUUCGAUGUAUUUAAUAAGCUCUAUGAUUUUUUCAUAUUUUUGGACCUUGGGUUCUAAAGUUAGAGGGAGGGGAACACAUUUUUUUCCUUUCGGAGCGAUUAUCUCCGAAUAUAUUCACUUUAUCAAAAAAUGUUUGUUGAAGACCCCUAUUAGACCCGUAUAGACCUUUCCAAAAAUACCCCACACUGUAGGGUUGAAGAAAAAAAAAAACACCUCCACUUUACGUGAAAUUGUUAGAUUUGAUUGUACGUCUUUGACGGCUUUCUUGAGUUAUAUAUCCAUGCCAAAUUGCAGCUCGCUAGCACGAGCAAAGCCUCGGACAGACGGACAUGGCAAAACUAUAAGGGUUUCUAGUUGACUACAGAACCCUAAAAAACGCCUACUUGCAUGUAUACCUACAGGGUGUAUAUUUCAUAUAACUGCAAAUUUAACCUAGACGUAGGUUUUAGUGCUAGAAAUCAAUACUGUUUUUUUUUUUUUUUAGUUUAGAUUUACUACCGGAGUAUAAUUAAUUUUUGAAUAUAUUUCGCGCGGCAAUGUAUUUCGUACAUCAUGGUCACUAAUGACGUCGUGUCAUUAAAUGCGAAGUUUUGAGUUAAAACUAAGUACGUAACGAUAUAUGCUUGCUGAACAAUGUUAUAUGGAAAAAUAAACGUCGUCCAUUUUUUACAAAACCUAUGAAAGUGUGUUUAUUAAAGUCUAAACGAACUACCCUUUGAUUAUGCGAUCGUAUCAUAAAUACACGCUGUACACAUUAGAUAGCCGGUACUGAUACCUGUACGAUUGUUAAAGGUAGAUGUCCGAGGUUUAUAACUAUUGCAAAAUUCUAUAAUUCUGUAUUGGGUUAUUCUUCUAUGUACGUGGAUAUUUUAUAUUGUAAAUUAGGCGUGUUGACGCGUCUGCCACUACAACUAGACACACAUAGUUUGACUAAAUCUAAUUUUAAAACGAGUAUUAAGGCCAACUUAAUGAACGGCGGUAACAGUAUAAUGACUGGGUUAAGAAUAUCUGUCGUAAAUCACCCUCUAAUUCCCAUUACGUUGACAAUUUCUUACGGAAUCCUCCCCUAGGGUUCUCAUGAAUAUUCAUUAUUUCCUCAUACACGACCGCAAAAGUCGAUUUAAGGCCGCCCGUCGCGCUAAACUAUGUUUUUCUAUACAAAGUUUGUUUAGGAUGUUUUAUUACAUUCUUCUAAAAAUAUCUAAGGAGCAUGUCAGUUUUCUUAAAUUAAGCGUCAAAGUAUUGUUACAGAAUUGUUAAUAGAAGGUUACCAGUUACCAAAAAUAAACUUUAUAAGAAAUAUGUUAUCAAAAGAAUGUUCAUUGAAACCAAACAGAAAUAUGCGAAGUUUUGCGAUAUCUGAUAUUUUGUAUAUAAUCGGCUAAUAUAAUAUUUGUAUUUAUAUUUAAACCUGUAAAAAAUUGAUAUGAUUGGAAAUACGAAAACACAAAAAUGCAAAAUCAUGUAAAGAUUAGCUUACACGAGGUCUCGGCUUCGUUUAAAAAUUAAAAUUCUCUUUAUUAAUAACAAAACUUCCGUGAGACACAGAUAUAUUAAAUAUGUUAAAACGGGUCACUCACGUAUUUUAAGUCGAAAACGGUCGUCGUCGUCGUGAUUUUAAGUGAAAAAUGUCGAGCGUUUUCGACUUAAAAUACGUGAGUGACCUGUUCUAACAUAUUUAACAAUUCUCUUUAUUGCACAACUUCAAAAUAAAAUUACAAAGAAACACACAUAAUACUUAUAGACAUGGGUAAACAGCGGGCGGUUUUAUCGCAAUAGAGUGAUAUCUCUCAGACAACUUUUAGGUAGUAGAGAAAAUUAUAAUACUAACUAUUUAGAAGUUGCAAAACACUAAAUUGAAUUAAAUUGAUGAAAGUGUGUUCCAACCACUUCGUAUAAAUAAAUACAUAUAUUAUUAAUAAUGUUUUUGGUUUAUAUAGUAAUUAUAUUUGCUCAAAUUAGGUUUUUAAGAGAAAUAUUGUUAUUAUAGAUGUGAUCACAUAAUAAACAAGUUACCAAUGUAAUUUAUGAAAGUAUUUUUCUUAAAAUCAUUUAAUUGAUUUUGGAGUAGAUACAAAGAUUUAUUCCAUCUCUACUAAAUACGUUAAUGUUAAGAGGAAAUAUAAAAAGUCAUUCUGAUAAAAAAUUAUAACUAGAAAUAAGCCCUAUGUCCCGUUCCGACUGUCACCUGAUCCAAUUCCAAAUGUGCUACAGCUAGCGAUAUUUGCUGAACCAGGAAAGAGCCGGCACGGGGGUAGCUGCCCCUAUCUCUCAAACGCCGCCCCAAAGACUAAUAAGUUUUUUUGGCCUCCACACACCAAGGCCCCGCAGUUUCUAUAGCGACCGGAACAAAGUCGUAAUUUUGGAGUUAAAUUUAUUUCUGUUCUCUUUGUACGGUCAGCAGCAAUAACGUGUUUCGGUGGCUGCCAUUCCUCAAUCCACCAACGGAGCAGCAGCUGACUUCCACGAGAGUGCAACAUACUUAGCGCUUAACCACUAUACGAGUUAUCGCCCGGGAGGCGAUUGGGCAUGGAAUCUGUUCCUGGCUCGUGAGCUAACAAAAGUAUGCGGGAUGGAGUGUAGUUGGGGACGAAAUUGCAGUGCCCUCAUUUAGCUGGCCAACAUCAUAAGAGUUAUUAACACUUUUCCAGGUAUAGUACGAUUUACCGACCACAUCAUAUGCGUCAAUAAAAUUUCAUCAUUAACGGGAGUAACGGGUGAUAACCAAAAAAUUGAAUUAUUUCAGAGCUGUGAAAAAAUUACUCAUAUAACUUUUUUCGAUACUUUGUUCUUAAUAGGCAACAAAAACAAAAAAAGAUAAUAAAGCUCUAUAUUCUUGUGGGGCUUGUUUUCCUCUUUUUAGUGUGCAGUCGGGUUUUUUUUUUAUAAUAAUUAAUUAUACACUUAACUAGGUACUCAAACAGCCACAAAAACUAUCAAUCAGCAGGACUUUCUUACAUAUAAAUGAUAUGUUAUUGGAGUCCUGGAAUUGUAAUGUACAGUCGCCAACAAAUAUUAUAUUGGAGUGGCCAUGGUGCUCACAAAUAUCUGAACUCGUCUCUAUUGUCAACGCGUUAGAGUGCGUGUUGAGAUAUUUUUGAGCACCUCGGCUGCUCCGAUAUUACUGAUGGCGACUGUAUGUCUGCUCAAACUUGUCCAUAAUACUUGUGUUUGAUAUUGCCUGGUAUUGUAGAAUCAUUGCUAGUAUAGUAUCGACCACUUCCAGGUAUAUCAGUUUUUCUAAAAGGAAAAUAACUUUCGUCAUCCAAACUGAAUGAUUUCCCUUUGUAAUUUCGAGUCAUCUAGCGUCACUGAGACAUAAUGGUCGAUUUUUAUUUGUACGUUUGGCACACUUAAAAAAAUUGGCGGUAUCUCGUUGGCUCAUGGAAUUCCUAUUAUUAAAAGUGCUUUGGAAUAAAUUCAGGCUUGCCUUGGUUAUUAUAUUCGCUGGCCAGCCACUACCACAUGCAGAGAUUCUUGUUUUGACUCUAUUUUAACAAAACAAAUGUCUGAAACUCUUUGUGAUGGGGAAAAAAUGUUAAACUCGCGACAGGUCACGUGACCGACAGAUUCGUCACAUUGAAAAUUCGUAAGACGGACACGUGACCUGAUCGAAAAACUCCAUGAUGGUUCUAGUAAUGAUGAUGGUGUAAGAGUCGUUGAAAUUCUGCAUGGAAGUUGAUUUUUCUGAGAGAUAAACUUUUUAAUGUUUAAUAAUUGUAAUAAUUCUGGAGUGUUAAAUUUUUUAUGUAAUAUAAAUUGUCAUGAUUGUGUAUGAUAGCGCAAUAUUGUAUUUUACCACAUAUAUGAUACGAGUAGUACUUUUAGACUGAUAAUUAAAGCAAUUCGUGCAAAAUUAUUCCCUAACCAUUCCAAAAUAUCAAAAAUGCACAACGUUAAUAAGUUUCACUUCUGGCGGCACUGCCGGAGUGAAACCCGUUGUUUUUUUUUUGUUAUAACCAGUUAGCAAUCCGAUUUUAGAUUAAAAUAUUUGGAUAUUUUGGAAAAACCGUGUAGAUUGGUGCUGCCUGGAAAAGGGUAAUCAUGGCUUUCUUAAUCAUUCACAUUACUUGUAACUAGGUACAAAGCGGCCCUAGAAUCAAAUUAUUCGAAUGUAUAUCUUAAUAGACACAAUUAGCAUCAAAAACAACGCGUCAAAAUUAUCUUCCAUUCUUUAAUAGUUUAACAGAUAUAAAUUUGCUCCUGUACUUAGAACAAUUAGUUUGUGAGAGAUAGAACGAAAUAUUAUCUGUAUUGAAUAAAAAAAAAACAAGGAUGACAGGAAAUUUUGAAGCAUUGUUUCCGCGUCCUACUCCUAUUAUCUAAACAUACUUUUCUCAAUAAGAUAAUAGAAGUUAUAUUUUAAAAUGUAUACUUGUUCUGUUUCAAUCUAUUUAAUAGACAAAUAUAGUUGUUGAAAAUUAAAA